AUGAACUUGUCCAAGAAAAGCUUGCAACAAACCACAUCGUUGUUUUAUUGGGAAUACCUCUCACAUUCCCUCCAACAUCUGUUCCCCAAGCCUGCUUUGGAAUCAAGACCUACACCGGCUGAGGAUGGACCCGGCAACGAGGCUUCAUCACCUGCUGGACCCACGACCUACAAGGAGUUUGAUUGGGUUCCGGCAGAUCUAUCUCCAGGAGGGACUUGGCACCAGCAACGCAUAUCCAACCUCCGAUGGGCUUCAGAACACUAUCCAGAGCCCAAGGACAUCUUUGAUGAUGGCCUUCAUCGGUUGGCUGUGCAUCGACAGAACUACAACAAAGACGGACCUUCCCCAAAAUGGCUUCAACUGCUAUGGUGGGAAUUUCCAUCUGAGCACUGGGAGGAACUCCGAACUGGCGCUAGACAGAAUUUUUUGGAGAGACCGGAGCCCCACAUUCGACCAAAUGCCCCAAUGGAUGAAGAGAUGUUGGAAGCCGCCGUCCAGUUUGUGGAUGAGCUUGUUGAACUUGGAGUGCUGAGACACAUUGAUGAGGGCCUCAAAGUCCUCACCAAUGCGCCACUUUUUGUGGUCGGCAAAGACGGACAGCCUGGCGAGUGGAGAGUCAUUGCGGACAUGCUACGCGGCGGCCAGAAAAAUUGUGUGGGACAAGAUCCGGUCUUCAUGCCAAGGAUUGCCCACAUCGUCGACCAAAUGUACACUGGCGGAUUCUCUGCAGUUGUGGACCUGUCCAAGUUCUUCUACAACUUUCCAACACACCCAGAAGACCGGCCGUAUCUUGGCCUUCUACACCCAAAAACCGAGGAGCUGUUGACAUACUACGGGCUUGCAAUGGGAGCUGGAAACAGCCCAGCCAUUGUAUGCCGAAUUGGAUUGGCCUUUGUACGUUUGGUGAAAGAAAAGUUUGAUGUCUUCCAAGGAGAAGCCAAGGCCAACUGCUACUGGACCGGCUUCCAGAACAACGGAUUCAAUCCGAAACUUGGAUACGGAUUCAUUCUUACUUCGGCCGAUGGAGGAGCUGUGCACAUCUGGGUUUGGGUUGAUGACUUCCUUAUCCAUGGACCCUCCCAUGAGAAGACCACUCGAGCUCUGGCAUUCUUCCUUGACACAGCCGUUGACUGUGGUUUCCUUUUCCACCCAAAGAAAUUGGUUCCACCUCAACAAGUGGUCAAAUACUGUGGCUUCCUGUUCGACACUACCGACAUUCCAUGCCUACGAAUCCCGGAAUCCAAAAAGGACCGAGCCCUGGCCAUCUGCGAAUACCUACUCCAGUCACCAACUCACAAGAAGUGGUCACGAUUGAGUCUUGCUGUUGCGGUGGGAGUUCUUGAGUCACUGACCGAAGCAACACCCCGUCGGCUUGGCCACACCCAUCUGAAGGAAUUUCACACACUAGUCCACCCACCUGGACUUGGGAUCGGCGCGGAGCCUUACUACACAACGACAUGCCUCAAUUCCCGAGUACUUGAUGAACUAAAGUGGUGGAAACAGUUCCUACUACGGAGUGAAGGGAGAUUUGUCAGAGGAUGGGAAGCAGCUACCCUUGUCCCAACCUUUGGUGAUGGUAGCGGCACUGGCACCGGUGGGACCCUCCAACUACCUAACUGUGACUUUGAAAUGUGGCGCGGGAAAUGGAAACCGGCGGUCUACAUUUUUGCCUCCGUUUGGAAAGAACUGGCGACACUGAAAGAGACCCUUCUUCGGAUCAAAGAGAGCCCCCAAGCCCACCUCGUCAUUGGCACGACCGUCUUCUACUUCACUGACAACUCUGGAGUAUAUUGGAUUGCUACUACUGGUUCCUCCAAGCGGCGAGAUCUUCACCAGUUGCUCAGCGAGAUCAGACUGCUGGAACUUGAUCUUCAAUGUGUCCUCCAGGUGAUACACGUCCCAGGCCAAGUUUUGAUCACGCAAGGCACUGAUGGACUUAGUCGAGGAGUUUGGAUGUCAACUCUACAAGACAUCAUGGACUCAGAUCGACUGACACAAGCAAUCUUCGAUCCCAUGCCACUGGACUGGACUUUGGUUUGGCAACACCUGCCUCAUCUGGCACAUAUGGCCCAAUACCGUUCCUGGAACCAACAAUGGACAGCGGACCUCUGUUUGCACCAAACAACAGUAUGGUGCCCGCCACCUGAACUGGCCCGGCAACUCCUGACCUUCUUACUCAACUCUUGGGUCGAAUGUCCAUUCACUACUUCAGCACUCCUCUUUGUGCCUCGAGUAGUUGAAGCUUCCUGGCGCCACAUGUCCCGCUACAUCGAAGAGAUCGGCACCAUCUACCCCCACCAAACACAGCUACGCUUUCCACCUCUCCUUCCUAUUCCAAUUGUUGAUUCGGGAAAUUCCGGCCCUGCGGGACUUGCUACCACCGGGAAUGUUUUCGAGCUGGGGUUCCUUUCACCACCCGCCGACUUUGAGCGAGAACUUGUCAAAGUUGAUGAUGUUAUUUUGUUAAUGUUGGAACGGGUCCGGCUCCUAGACAUCAUCUCGUCUUGGGCAAAGGGAACUCAUGUCACCUACAAAUCUAAGCUGAAAGUCAUUCAUGAUUUCAAAAAGGAGUUUGCCCUCACAGUUCUUCGCCCAUCCAAUCUCAUGGAGCCUCCAUCUGGACCAGAUAUCUCUCUGAUGUGGUGCCAAGAGCGGUACAGUCUUCGUCACUCCACAAGGAAAUACGACAAAGAUGUUCAAACACCCAUCAGUUUCAACUCUGUUCGCGCUCUGCGUUCAGCUGCAUCACAAUGGUUUGCCCUUGAGUCGCUCAAUACGCCGCAGAACGCCUACAUGUCACAAGACAAGAAGGUUCUCUACCAAGAUUGCCGGCCAACAGACAACCUUACAUUUCAUCUCUUUGCAAAAGGAAUGGUGACACGAAUGGGCGACUACUCUCGGCCAUCAGUAGCCUUGUUGGACCGCCAUAUUCGUUACUUGAUGAACUCAUUGGAAAACCAAUUUGCAGAAGCAACUACAGAGACACAAAGGCGCGACAUCUCGCUUGCUGGCCUCACAACUCUCACUCUCUGGCCUGGGUGGCUCCGCUCUGCUGAAUGUUUUGGUAUCAACUGGGAAGAUUGUUCCAUUUUGGAACGUGAAGACUAUGCACAAGCUGACCUCCCACGUAACUGUGGUAUGGUCACUUUCCGACUCAACCCUGUCACUAAGUCGGAGCGCACUCGAACUGCUGAUGUUAUCAUCGCAUACACUACUCGAUCAGGCUACUGUAUCGGGAAGUGGUUCCACAGAGCGCAAACGUACCGGGCCCGACGUACAGGGCCCGUUUUCUGCCAUGCAAAUGGCACAGUUUGGACCUCUCAUUUCUUCCGGACUACCUAUCUCUAUCCAAGUCUCAAAAAGCAGCGUUUGGAGGGCGACCCGCUUCUAUUACCUUUCGAUGGAUCCAUAUCCAACACCAUUGAAAGCCGAUUCUGGUCUCUCCACACAUUCCGUCACGGUGGCCGCAGUCACGUCUCCCGCGGAGAAUCCUAUGAUGGUAAACGCCUCACAAUUGCCUCGGAAACCCAGGUCUACGAACAUGGGCGUUGGCGCUAUCGCCGAGCCAACGAAAAAGUAGGAACAAGUUAG